AUGGGUUCGGUUCUUCGGUUCGAUUCUUCGGUUCUACGGUUCUCGUCGGUUCUAGUCGGUUCGGUUCGGUUCCCUUCAAGAACCGAACCGAACCGAACCGAACCGAACCGAACCGUGCGGAUCCCUAGGCCAACUGUGGACACCGUAGAGUCCAAGCUUGUCGCUGCCAAAGUGGAAGAUAAAGAGAAGAGCUCGCUCUUGUACCGCGAGUAUCGAUGCUACCAGGAUCUUGUUGCGAGGGGGACGUGCCAAGCACCCAAGCCGUUGUACUUUGGUACUCAAGGCGACUAUAACGUCCUAGUUAUGGAUUUGAUGGGUCCCUCUCUUGGAAGUCUCUUUCAGAUGUGCGACAAGUCGUUUUCGCUACGAACAGUCAGUACUUUGGGCUUGCAGUUGUUGCGGCGGCUGAAGUUCAUUCAUUCCAAGGGCAUCCUGCAUCGCGACAUUAAGCCCGACAAUAUUGUCAUGGGAGUGGACGGUGAUGAGAAAAAUUUUGUCGGCACGCCACUAUUCUCAAGCGUUGACGCCGACACUGGAGAGGAACAAUCGGUCCGCAGUGACCUAGAGGCUCUAGGCUAUGUAUUGUUGUAUCUCACGACAGGAACGCUGCCAUGGUAUGGCUUGUCGAUAGAAAAGUUGAUGAAGAAGAAGGAGCAACUCGGGGACGAUGUCGACACUUUGUGCAAAGGUGCUCCUGCUGCCCUUGCUGAGUACUUCGCGUAUCUGUUUGAGCUUGACUUUGGCCAAAAGCCAGUGUACGAAAAACUUUUCCAGUACGUGGCACAGAUGGCAUCCAAGGACGAGCAACAGCACGAGUUUGAAUGGCUGUCAAAGUCACAGUACGAAAGCGCCAUGCAAAAGCUGGCUAACGUUCUCCCGCCUCCUAAUGAGACAGCCACAGCAUCUGCACCGCCAUCGUGGUCAUCACCAUCACCUUGUUCUUCAUCGUUACCGUCAUCAUCACCAUCACCAUCAUCACCAUCACCGUCUUCGUCACCAGCCGCCUCGCCAUCACCGUCAUCGUCAUCUUCACCGUCACCGUUACCGUCAUCAUCACCAUUACCAUCACCUUCAUCUUCACCGUCACCGUCAUCUUCACCACCACCAUCAUCACCAUCACCGUCAUCGUCACCAGCCGACUCCUAUGCACCACCUUCUGCACCCGAAUCUCCGGCUCCCAUUCUCGCUGCAGCAACCAAUGCACGCAAGCGAAAACAUAGCAGUAGCAGUGAAUAA